GGGGAGAGUUUCUCUCAACAGAGCAGCUUAAAAACACACCAACGUAUACACACAGGAGAGAAGCCUUACUCCUGCUCUGACUGUGGGAGGAGUUUCUCCCGAUUGGAUACCUUAAAAACACAUGAACGUAUACAUACAGGAGAAAACCCUUACUCCUGCUCUGACUGUGUAAAAUGCUUCAAAACAUCAACGGAGCUAAAAGUUCAUCAGAGAACACACACAGGAGAGAAGCCUUACUGCUGCUCUGACUGUGGGAGGAGUUUCUCCCGAUUGGAUAACUUAAAAACACAUGAACGUAUACAUACAGGAGAAAACCCUUACUCCUGCUCUGACUGUGUAAAAUGCUUCAAAACAUCAACGGAGCUAAAAGUUCAUCAGAGAACACACACAGGAGAGAAGCCUUACUUCUGCUCUGACUGUGGGAGGAGUUUCUCCCGAUUGGAUAACUUAAAAACACAUGAACGUAUACAUACAGGAGAAAACUCUUACUCCUGCUCUGACUGUGUGAAAUGCUUCAAAACAUCAACUGAGCUAAAAGUUCAUCAGAGAACACACACAGGAGAGAAGCAUUACUUCUGCUCUGACUGUGGGAAAUGCUUCAAAACAUCAACGGAGCUAAAAGUUCAUCAGAGAACACACACAGGAGAGAAGCCUUACUUCUGCUCCGACUGUGGGAGGAGUUUCUCCCGAUUGGAUAACUUAAAAACACAUGUACGUAUGCAUACAGGAGAAAACUCUUACUCCUGCUCUGACUGUGGGAAAUGCUUCACAACAUCAGCUGAGCUAAGAGUUCAUCGGAGAACACACACAGGAGAGAAGCCUUACUGCUGCUCUGACUGUGGAAAGAGUUUCUUUCAACAGGUCCACUUUAAAUGUCACCAGCGAAUACACACAGGAGAGAAGCCUUACUCCUGCUCUGACUGUGGAAAGAGUUUCUCUCAACAGGUACACUUAAAAUGUCACCAGCGAAUACACACAGGAGAGAAGCCUUACUCCUGCUCUGACUGUGGAAAAUGCUUCACAACAUCACCUGAGCUAAGAGUUCAUUGGAGAACACACACAGGCGAGAAGCCUUACUGCUGCUCUGACUGUGGAAAGAGUUUCUCUCAACAGGUCCACUUAAAAUGUCACCAGCGAAUACACACAGGAGAGAAGCCUUACUCCUGCUCUGAAUGUGGAAAGAGUUUCUCUCAACAGAGCAGCUUAAAAACACACCAGCGUAUACACACAGGAGAGAAGCCUUACUCCUGCUCUGACUGUGGGAAGAGUUUCACCCGAUUGGAUAUAUUAAAAUGUCACCAGCGAAUACAUACAGGACAUAAGCCUUACUCCUGCUCUGACUGUGGGAAGAGUUUCUCCCGAUUGGCUACCUUAAAAACACAUCAAUGUAUACAUAAAGGAGAAAAGCCUCAAUAGUGCUCUCAGACCAGCUAAGAUUAAAGUCACACUCCAUUACUUAAUUCUCAUGUCUAUUGUAAUCCUAUUGUUUCUCACUGUGAGGGAACUGUGCUGAGGAAAGGGAGUGUUAUAGAAUGUUAUUGGAAAUUAUCUUUCUCCAUCUUUCUUUACUACAAAACAUAGAAACACGCCAUUUUCACAUAUGUUGAUGUUGGAGUGGUACUGGAGAUUAUGAAUAUUAAGUUGAAACGUUUAGAAAUUUCCCUUUAAGGCAAAAACAAAGGGCGGGUGGUUGAUCAGGGUGGAUAGGUGUGCAUAUAACAUGAACGUCUAGUAACCCAAAGGUUGCAUGU